UUUACUCAUAAUUUACGGAAUUUUAUGUUAAAAUUUGCACGGUAAAGCGUUUUGUAAUAAAUCGGGUGUGUAAAAGUGACCAGUGUAGAAGUGAACACCGUCGCAAUGUGGCUGCCGAGGAGGCAUAACCUCGGCGUGGUCCGUGCCGUGCGUAUCACGUAACAUCGGGCCUCGAUGGUGAGGAGGACGAUGGUGUUAAGCACCGAGUGGGCGCAGGUGGAAGUCGUCGAUCUCACGAACGACGGCAACGGGCUCGGGUUCAAUCUAGUUGGCGGGCGGAGCACCGGCGUAGUUAUCAAGUACGUGCUGCCCGGUGGCAUCGCAGACAAGGACGGCCGGCUGCAGAGCGGCGAUCACGUACUGCAAGUGGGCUCCGUGAACCUACGCGGCUUCACCUCCGAACAAGUCGCUGCAGUGUUGCGUCAGGCGGGCCCAUCGGUCCGAUUGCUAGUGGCGCGCCCCGCUGACCCCGCGACGGCUCUGAGAGCACCUAUUCCUGGCACCGCGCUGGUACCCACGAAACUGCUCGCUGAUCCGGAACUGCUCGACAGACACCUCAUCGAGAGUGGGUAUGGAGCAGUGUAUGAUCUGUCACAGUGCUAUCCCGAGUAUAUCAAUGGACAGAAUGGACACGUGGAAUCAGUAGCGGCGGCCGUUAGUAUAAUCGGUGAAAACCCUCAGCAGAUACCGGAUCAUCCGAUUGUGGCCCAGGCAGUCUCCCCCACUAUAACAAUAACUGUGCCUGUUGAAUUGCCAUCAUCACCAGAAGUAGAAAUUGUCCAUGUGGAUUUGAAUAAAAAUGUUUACGGGUUGGGCAUCACUGUAGCAGGAUAUGUCUGUGAGAAGGAGGAGUUGUCGGGUAUAUUUGUUAAAAGUAUUAUUGAAGGUAGCAGUGCUGAGCAGAGUGGAAAGAUUAAACUAAAUGAUAGAAUCAUAGAAGUUGAUGGUGUUUCAUUAGCUGAUAAGAGUAACCCUCAAGCAGUGGAAAUAUUAAGAAACACAGGGAUAGCUGUACAUCUAGUUUUAGAAAGAUAUUUGCGAGGUCCAAAGUUUGAGCAUUUGCAACUAGCUAUAUUUAAUGAGGAACGUCCCAGCUCUCCAUCACCAUCAACUACAACUCUAUCAUGGUUCCCAGUUCCAUCACAAGCAGAAAAUAGUACAACAGAAAUUGAACCUGAACCUGAAUCAAACACUACUAUAGACUCUGGUGUACUAGAGGUGGGUGAAAAUGAAGUCAAUGAACCGACACAGGAAGAAUUAGACAAAAGGCUUGAUGAGAUUCUUGCUAUUGAUGAAGAGGAAGUGAGACAGAAGUGGCAAGAAGAAAUAGGGCCUGGAAAGCAAAUAAUAAUUGCUGAAAUCAACAAGCUUUCAGGAUUAGGUAUAAGUCUAGAAGGUACUGUGGAUGUUGAGGGAGGCCAGGAAGUGAGACCACACCAUUAUAUCAGAUCGGUCCUCCCAGAGGGGCCAAUUGGGCAGCAGGGCACAUUAAAUGCAGGAGAUGAGCUUCUUGAAGCUAAUGAGUAUAGACUUCAUGGUUUAACUCAUACAGAGGUUGUAAACAUAUUGAAGCAGCUGCCAAACCGAGUGCGGCUAGUCUGCGCGAGAAGCAACACUGAUAGUGGGCCAAGACCACUAAUCAACUUGGCACCAGAUAGAGAAGGCUUUGAAGCUAGAAAGAUAAUUUCUGGCAGCCUGAAUAAUCUAACUACUAUAGUGAAAGCACAAUCAGAUACCUCAAUUAAUACCUCAAGCACUGCAACUCUUACAAAUCACUCGGAAUUAUCAAAGAAAUCCCGUUCAUUAGAGUGUGUCUCUGGUUUAGCAAUGUGGCAAAGUAAGGAAGACAUUGUUGAGUUGAUAAAGGGGGACCAAGGGUUAGGUUUCUCAAUACUAGAUUACCAAGACCCAAUAGAUCCACAUGGAACAGUUAUUGUUGUCAGGAGCUUAGUGCCAGGAGGUGUGGCUGAGAAGAAUGGUGAAAUAUCCCCUGGUGACCGUGUUAUGUCAGUUAAUGGAGGUAGUAUAAAGAAUGCAACCCUCGAUCAAGCUGUACAAGCAUUAAAAGGUGCACCAAGAGGUAUUGUUAGAGUUGGCAUAGCCAGGCCGUUGCCACCACAUGAUGCUACAAAAUCAAAAAGCACAACUACUCUAAACAAACCAAGUUAAUCUUCAAAGAACUGUGUUAAUUAUACUAGUCAAAGAUCACCAUGUAUUGUACAAGGAUUUGAUUAUAUUUCAUGUAAAAAUAAUGACUCAAAAUCAAAACACAUUUAACUAUU